UAAAAUAAUUAUCAGACACAUAUUGCCGUUUAAAUAUUGUAAAGAUUAAUUUUUAUACUUGCUCUUUAUUUUGCUACUGGAUUAGACAUCUGUUUUAAAAUAAGUCCUUACAGUAGUCUAAGAAUAGUGAUGUCAGGUCUUUUUUUAGCAUGGGUCAUUGCACAGUGGCCACACUAGUGAGAGUCAGAACUCAGAUUUCGAUAGGAAGACAAGAAAUAAUGUGAACACUAAAGAAACUGAUUAACAAAGCAGAUGGAGAUGGUUUUGGGAACACAGACCAAGAAGUAAAGAAAUUCAGAGACAGAGACUGACAGAAAGACGAUCCAGCAGCCAUGCAUCUGGAAGUGUUACAGUUCUUGGCUGGGUUCUUUGGAGCUCUAAGCUUAAUAUUUCUUUUGGGGUCUCUUGGGUCUGAUUACUGGCUUUUGGUAUCUGAAUCUUGCGAACAAGGUGAUGUGGCAGUUUUCAGACCAUGGAGAGUCACAAAGGAUAUUUUAAAUACACAACCAGAUGAAAGUUUCCCGGUUGAAAACAUGCCUCUCCUCUAUCACGAAGGCCUCUUUUGGAGAUGUUCUUAUCAGAAGGGUUCAGAUGGAGAGCAGGAAAGCAUGUUGACUUUUUGGAUCACCAACCAGCCAUACCAGAAGGUUUGCAUGCCAGCUUACCUGUCCCACGCUCCUGUCUCCAUUGCCAAUGGCCUUCCAACUUCAGAUUAUGCCACAGUGCAAAGGGCAUUUUGGUGUGCUAUUUUUGUGCUGGGAGCCACCUCUAUGUUGAUUGGAGGGUUUGUCACAAUCUGCGCAACACCAAGGACCAGCCAUCGCCUGUAUGAGGCUGGAGGGUCUCUCUUUAUAACUGGAGGUGUCUUAAUCUUCUCUGUAGUGUUGAUGUUUGCUUUAUGGAUGCAGGUCUCAGACUCUUUAGAGAGGUACGGUCUCCAGCGCAGGCGUUUAGUGUGUCCCAGUCUGCAGCUUAGUGUCCAUUACGGUCCAUCCUUUAUGUUGGCUCCCACUGCUGCCUUCCUCAGCCUUCUCACUGGCCUGUUCCUCCUGCUCAUUUCAUCAACCAGCAGGGCAUCAACCAGGAACACAGAGAAGCUGAUAUUCUCGAUGCGAGAGGAAUGUGUAUAGCUCUGUUGUUUAAAUAUGGUGUGUGAGUCUUUACUUACCAAUGUCCAAAGGAACUGUUGUAAUAAGAUUGUACUGUUUUGUACUGUUAAGCACAUGAGCUGACCCAGGGGAAAUUGAUUUUGCUGAUCUAGGCACUGCAGCUAACACUUUGUCAGUGCCAAAGUGACUCAAAAGUAAGAGGACAUUAUGCUGUUUUUUUUCUGUGCAUUAGGAGUGGGGGGAAAUCGAAUCUUCGAUGCAUUGCGAUGCGGACGUGGACAAUUCUGAAUCUAUUCACAAAUAUCAAAAAACGAUUUUUAAAAGUUAGUUUACAAAAUAAUAACAUGACUUUAUCAGAACCAAAAGGCAGAACUCAACUGCGGGAGCGGUGCUGCACACGGACAGCUUGAGAGCACACACCGCACGAGCACCUACAGCGAAGCUUAUACACAAGCAGUAGAGAAAGAAAAAAACUAAUAUAUUUAGGACAGCUCUGUUUGACUAAUUCUAAACUGCAAGAAAACAAAAUACACUCGAUAAGUUCCUCUGCAUUUUCUCUGUUCAGUGAGCAGAAGGGAGAAACAGUGCCUUUAAUUUACUAAGUCAUCUGACUGUGCAAAUAGCGUUUUCUGUAACAUAGUUUGUUAUCUAGAUGGCUUUGAGCGCAAAUGUGACGUAUGACGUCACAAAUAUGCUAAUUAGUACAUCGAGAAUCGAUUCUGAAUCAAAUCGGGACCGUAAGAUUCCAUUCUGAAUCGAAUCAUGAGGGUCCAAAUUAAUUCCCACUUCUAUAGGCUGCAUUGGCCACGGUAGCACACUGGUACACAGUAGCACAGCUAAAGUAAAUACAUUUAACAAAAUUAUAACGCAACACUUUUGGCAGACAUUUUAAAGUGGCCUUUUAGUGUGGCCAGCCUAAGGCA